CGCGUCUCGAGGCGCCAGGCCGGGCGCGCUCCCGCCCGCCUCCCCACCCGGAAGAGCCACCUGAGCGGCGAAGUUGAGGCGGCGCGCGGGCCGAGCCUCCCUCCUGGCGCUUAUUUCGCCCUGGCGGAAGGCGGGCCCGCCGGAGCCUGCGCGCCCCCGCGGCCGAUGGUACCUAGAUAGGCCCCGCGCACGCGCUCCAGCCCGUUAGCGCCUUUGGGGUGCGGUGCGACGCAGCCGCGAGGCCCGAGCUUUCCGCGCCCCGGCGCCUCGGGAGCGGCGCGCUCCAUGUGACUUCUGACACUGCGUAUCCGCCAGUAAGUGACAGCAGCUGCCUCGUUUCACCGUUACUUAUAUUUUCUUCUGCAGUUAGUCUACAGUAUCGCCCACAUUUGGUUAGCUCAAAACUAUUCAACUCCGGGACCGGUCCGGCGACAGAGCUGCCCGGUAGCUGAACCCGGGAAGUGUCAGAGAACAGCCCAGAUGUUUUAGGGCAGGAACCGCGUCCAGAAACUUACCUAGAUUCAAGAUGAAUAGCGAUCAAGUUACGCUGGUUAGUCAAGUGUUUGAGUCAUAUGUUUCGGAAUACCAUAAGAACGAUAUUCUUCUAAUCCUGAAGGAAAGAGAUGAAGAUGCUCAUUACCCAGUUGUGGUUAAUGCCAUGACCCUUUUUGAGACCAACAUGGAAAUUGGGGAAUAUUUCAACGCAUUCCCCAAUGAAGUAUUAACUAUUUUUGAUGGUGCACUACGAAGAUCAGCCUUGACAAUUCUUGAGUCCCUUUCUCAGCCUGAGGAUGUCUCCAUGAAGCAGAAUCUUCAUGCCAGGGUAUCAGGUUUGCCCAUUUGUCCUGAGCUGGUGAGGGAGCACAUCCCUAAAACCAAGGAUGUGGGACACUUUUUAUCUGUUACUGGGACAGUGAUUCGGACAAGUCUGGUGAAGAUCCUGGAGUUUGAACGGGAUUACAUCUGUACCAAAUGCAAGCACAUGUUUGUGGUCAAGGCCGACUUCGAGCAGUAUUACACGUUCAGCCGGCCAUCCUCAUGUCCCAGCUUGGAGAGCUGUGAUUCUUCAAAAUUCACUUGCCUUUCGGGCUUAUCUUCAUCUCCAACCAAGUGUAGAGAUUAUCAGGAAAUCAAAAUUCAGGAACAGGUUCAAAGGCUAUCUGUUGGAAGUAUCCCACGAUCUAUGAAGGUUAUCCUAGAAGAUGACUUAGUAGACAGUUGCAAAUCUGGUGAUGACCUCACGAUUUAUGGGGUCGUAAUGCAACGGUGGAAGCCCUUUCAGCAAGAUGUGCGCUGUGAAGUGGAGAUAGUCCUGAAAGCCAAUUAUGUCCAAGUAAAUAAUGAGCAGUCUGCGGGCAUCAUCAUGGAUGAGGAGGUCCGAAAGGAAUUUGAAGAUUUUUGGGAACACUACAAGAGCGAUCCUUUUGCAGGAAGAAAUGAAAUAUUGGCUAGCUUAUGCCCUCAAGUUUUCGGGAUGUAUCUAGUAAAGCUUGCUGUGGCCAUGGUGCUGGCUGGUGGGAUUCAAAGGAUCGAUGCUACAGGAACACGAGUCAGAGGUGAAUCUCAUCUUUUAUUGGUUGGAGAUCCUGGCACAGGGAAAUCUCAAUUCCUCAAAUAUGCAGCAAAGAUUACACAGAGAUCUGUGCUCACCACAGGAAUUGGAUCUACUAGUGCAGGUAUUUUACAUGACAAUUUUAAUUGAUUUAAUGUUACUGCAGAAGCUAACACAAUGGUUUUUUUCUUAUGAAAAGUGCUUAUAAUUGGAAAAUUUUCAAGUUAAUUUUUGAGUUACUGUCAAAAAUGGAAAGAAAUACGUAGCAUUUCUUUUGUAGCUAAGAAAAUAUUUUAGAAGCUCCACCAUCACUUAGUUUUCCAAAAACUUAUCCCAUGUAUCUUUUUUCAUCUUAGUUUUUCAAUGAUCCUAUUUGAUUUUCUCAUUCUCUAAGUGAUUACUUUCCUACACGCUUAUGCAGGAAAAAAUAUGUAUCACCUGGCAUUUUAUGAAGACCCAACUAACAGAACACUCACAUAAAUAGGAGGAAAAACUCACUUUACAAAAGUAGGUAGUGUUGAGCUUAAAGCAUUUUCAUGCUCAUAAGUCUCACCGGGAACAGAAGCUCCUAUAGGAAAUUCUUGAGUAGAUUAUGUUUUAGUAUGUGGAAAGCAUAUUUUCAUCACUGCAAUGUGGAGCUUUAAUCAUACAUUGUAAUGAUUCGUCAACAAGUACAUUUAAAAGCCUUUGCAGAUAGAAUGUCAAAUUUCGAUUAUAAAGUUACUUUAGGAAAAAAUUAUUUAAAAAAAGUUUUGAUGCCAUUUUAUAUUUUUACACCAUUAUGAUUGGGGAAAUAUUUCUCCUUUAUUUAAUAGGCCACUGUUUCGCACAUUGUGUAAAUGUUAUUUGCUACUUCUUAGGGGAGCCUAAUCACCAUGGCCUGUGCUCAGAUUUCUUAUGAGCAGCUUAUAUUUUAUACUUAUAGAGCAGCAAAUGCUCCAUUAAUGGUCCUACAUAAUGAGAGCCCCAUUCUAAUAGGAGCCCUCAGGUUUUGGGAUAUAACUGAGCAGUACAUUAAGAAUUGACAAGAAAGGAUUUGUGAAUUGAGAGUGGUGGAUGAGCUUCAGAAUACAGGAAGGGAAGUAGGCAAGAAUAUAAAGAACACUUCAUAUACAUUUUUAAAUUCUUAUGUCCCAGUGUUCUAGAGUUCUGUAUAACAUGAUACCAACAACAAACAAUAAAGGUGUUUCCAAGUAAUUAUGUGGAAUGUUUCCUAAAUUAAUUAUAUGGAGUGCCAAGAAUGAGUCUAAGCUAUCUGUGAGCUAGUAAUUUCAGAGUAGUUGGACAAUUUUAAAGUGAAUGGCUAUUGAUUCACUACAUUAGCACUUUUCCCCUUUUUUAAUGCCAAGAUCAUAAUCCAAAUAUGAGGGUAAAAGACAGGUAGAGGGAAUAUAAAUUUUAGGACAAUAGAAAAGUUAUUGCUACUUAUCUACCAAAAGGGCCAGACAAGCCUUUCUUCAAACUAUGUAUCACAACCCAUUAGAGUCCUAAAAGUCAAUUCUGAGUCAAAACCAGCACUUUCAAAAUGAAAUACAGUAAGACACCAGAAUACACUGCACACAGUAAAGGCGCACUAUAAGGGUGCAUGUUCAUGAAAAUUAUUAAUAUAUAAUGCAUAUUUGUUAUGGGGCCUUACUUAAAUUUUUUUUUUCUCUUUACCAUUGAUUCAAGUUUUGAAAACUGCUUCUAUAGACUUUCUUGGUAAAACUAGAAACCCCAAAUCUUAAAAGCAGAGGGUAAGACACAUGGAAGUCUAAGGUUAUAGAAGGUAAUAAAAUAAGCAAAUGUGUGCACUCCUCAGACUUCUGCUCUGCUCAAAUGAUAUCCUCACUCCCUCUGACCUACUCACCUAUCUCUUCUGUGGUGUAAUUUGCUUAUGUUUAUCUUCUCAGGACACAGCUAUCUAGUAUGAUCAAAGAGGGGAAAAACAGUUCUACACCUUAUAGCUAUAAUUCAGAUAGUCUUA